AUGGCUGCCGCGGGGGGCACUGGUGGCUCUAUGCCGGUGGCCACCCCUCAUUCAUUCGCAGAGCUCAUCUCUGCAACCCCUCAACCGAUUCCGGAUGCACUUCUGCCAUCAAGGUGUCCAAAAACAAUGGAGGGAGAAGUUUAUUUCUUGUUUUCGAAGGAGGAAAUCUUGAAGUCUGCUGAACCUUUUAGGUUUUCUUUGGUCCUCAAGUUUCUAAGACAGCGACCAUCUUUGGAUGCGAUCAGACUAUUUAUCAAGAAUAGAUGGGGACUGUCUGGUGUUGCCGUUGUUUCGUCUAUGAGAAAGCCGCGUAAUGUGUUUGUCCGAUUGACGUUGGAGGAGGAUUUCAAUAAGGCUUUUUUGAGGGAAGUGUGUGAUAUCGAUGGAGUGGCAUAUCGUCCCUUUCACUGGUCACCGAAGUAUUCUAAAGAAGAAGAGCCAUCGGUUGUUCCAGUCUGGAUUUUCCUCCCAGGUUUGGCUCCAAACUUUUACCAUCCUUCAAUCCUGAAAAUUCUCACGGCACCAAUUGGGAAGUUUAUACGGUGUGAUAAUUCUACGCGGUGUGCAACUAGAAUUGACGGGGCGAGGGUGUGUUUAGAGCUAGAUGCAGCGAAGUCUCCACUCUCAUCAUUCUGGAUUGGGGCUCCUUCUUGUCCUGCGAGUCGUAGACAGGAGGUGGUCUAUGAAACUUUACUUGCCUUCUACACUAAUUGUAAAUUACAGGGGCAUAACUUGCAGAUGUGCAAAAAAGGGAAGAUAGGGAAGGAGAAAGAGAAGAAACUUGUUCGUUUGGAGUAUAGAGUAGUGCCGAAACAGUUGAAAUCUUCGGACCCAUCGGGUUCGAAACCAGAGCCUCAAGAAGUGGCGGUUUUAGGUAUGGAAAGUAAAAGUUCGGAUGAUAUCGUACUGGUUAGUGAAGUUUAG